UCCCGAAGUGCUGCAGCGAGAGAGCACUGCAUCGAAAAAAAGCAUUGUCGUGAGGCGGCACUUGUCUCUGAUCAUACUUUGAAAUAAAAAGCGCAGAAGAUUUGUUUUCCCUCCUUAAACCAGCGCACAGUCUGAUGAAAUGGCAAACUAUGGGAUCAGCCCCCUCUGCUCACUGUAAAUGACGCUUUGCCAAUGAUCGUGGGUUAAUUCCUGUGGUGACGGAGGAUUCAAGAGUUUUCCCCACUGAGACCCCCUGAUCAGCAUUCUUCCGCUCCUCCCUCAGCUGGAAUCAGAAUGGAGGACACUUACAAUAACAGGACUUCCCUGGUGAAAGGGGCCAAGGACAUGGUGAAGGGCGCCAAGCGGCAGGCGGCAAAGAAAGUCAACAAGGUGGUGGACCGCGCCACAGACGAGUACUCAAGCCACCGCAACUACAGCCGCUUCCAAGACGAGGAGGAGGACGAAGACGAGGACUUCUACCGCCACCCGCCGGGGCGGGACGCGGGGGACAACGAGGACGGCUCCAGCGACGCCACGGAGGGCCACGACGACGAGGACGAGAUCUACGAGGGCGAGUACCAGGGCGUCCCCUCGGCGGGAGGCCCGAAGCGCGCGGGGGCGCAGGCGGCGCCGGGGCGGGCGGGCUCGGACGCCGCCCGGGACCGCAAGGAGCUGGAGGAGGAGAGGCAGGCGGACGAGGAGGAGCUGGCGCAGCAGUACGAGCUGAUCAUCCAGGAGUGCGGCCACGGGAGGUUCCAGUGGCAGCUGUUCCUGGUGCUGGGCCUGGCCCUCAUGUCGGACGGCGUGGAGGUGUUCGUGGUGGGCUUCGUGCUGCCCAGCGCCGAGACCGACAUGUGCGUGCCCAACUCCAGCUCGGGGUGGCUCGGAAGUGUGGUGUACUUGGGGAUGAUGGUCGGUGCGUUUUUCUGGGGAGGGAUGUCGGACAAGGUGGGCCGCAGACAGUGCCUCCUCAUUUGCAUGUCCACCAACGGCUUCUUCGCCUUCCUGUCGUCUUUCGUCCAGGGAUACGGCCUCUUCCUGCUCUGCCGUCUCAUCGCGGGCUUCGGGAUCGGCGGCGCCGUGCCCAUCGUGUUCUCCUACUUUGCCGAGGUCCUGUCCCGGGAGAAAAGAGGCGAGCACCUCAGCUGGAUGUGCAUGUUCUGGAUGAUCGGAGAGAUCUAUGCGUCCGCCAUGGCCUGGGCCAUCAUACCGCACUAUGGGUGGAGCUUCAGCAUGGGCUCCGCGUACCAGUUUCACAGUUGGAGGGUGUUUGUGGUGGUGUGUGCGCUGCCCUGCGUGUGCGCUGUGGUGGCGCUUACCUUCAUGCCUGAAAGUCCCCGAUUCUACCUGGAGGUGGGGAAGCACGACGAGGCCUGGAUGAUCCUCAAGCAGAUCCACGACACCAACAUGCGAGCGCGUGGGCAGCCGGAGAAAGUCUUCACUGUGAACAGGAUCAAGACCCCCAAACAGCUGGAUGAGCUGGUUGAAAUGGAUUCAGGGUCAAGCAACCCAGUUUCCAAGGUUUUCUUUAGGAUGAAGGCAGAAAUACACGGGAUUUACCUGAAUCUCAUGAAGUGCUUCAACUACCCUUUGCGGGAAAACAUGAUGCGUCUGGCCAUAGUCUGGUUCACGCUGUCGUUCGGGUAUUAUGGUCUGUCAGUCUGGUUCCCUGAUGUCAUCAAACAUCUCCAGGCAGACGAAUAUGCCUCCAAGGUCCAGAUGCACAGCGAUGAGCGCAUUGAAGACUUCACCUUCAAUUUCACCCUGGAGAACCAGAUCCACAAAAAUGGUCUUUUUCUUAAUGAUCGGUUCGUGAACAUGAAGCUGAAGUCCGUCACCUUCGUCGACUCCACCUUUCGUAACUGCUACUUCGAUGACGUCACAUCGGUGGGCUCCUUCUUCCGUAACUGCACUUUCAUCGAGACAUUCUUCUUCCACACAGACAUCGAUGAAUCCAAGCUGAUCGAUGGGACAGAGGUGAUCAAUAGCACUUUCACCCACAACAAGACUGGGUGCCAGAUGACGUUUGAUGACGACUACAGCGCCUACUGGGUCUACUUCAUCAACUUCCUGGGAACCCUGGCUGUCCUGCCUGGCAACAUAGUGUCUGCUCUCCUCAUGGACAAAAUCGGCCGCCUGUCCAUGCUCGGCGGGUCCAUGAUCCUUUCCGGCAUCAGCUGUUUCUUCCUGUGGUUUGGCACCAGCGAGUCCAUGAUGAUUUUCAUGCUGUGCCUUUACAACGGCUUGAGCAUCUCGGCCUGGAAUUCCUUGGAUGUGGUCACUACGGAAUCCUUCCCCACUGUCAGGAGAGGGACCGGCUUUGGGUUCUGUAACGCUCUGUGUAAGCUGGCUGCAGUCCUGGGGAACCUGAUCUUUGGCUCCCUGGUAGGCAUCACCAAGGCCAUCCCCAUCCUCAUGGCGUCGUCGGUGCUUGUCGGGGGAGGGUUGGUUGGACUCCGGUUGCCUGACACGAGGGCCAACGUCCUCAUGUAACAACGGCGUGGCGUUCCACGGCUGGGAAAAACCUGGGUCGACCCGACGACGGGAGGCCCAGGGCCCGUUGGGCGAGGAGUGCAAAUCGCUUGGUCAAUGCAUAUCUUAACUCUUCAUCACACCACACCGAUGUGCAGUAGAGCUGGUUGAUAGCCAACUUUUUAUCGUCUUUAUUACAGAAGUCACAUUCUUUUGUUGGUUGGAACAGUUUUCGAACGCCUCAUCUGGCGAUUUUCGCGCAGACGAACGCAGGUUUUCGCCUCCACCUCGCAGCUGCAGCCAUAACCCCGCGUGGAGUCAGUUGCUCGGUUAAAGCUCUUUUAAUAUUGAUACGGUCUUAUUAAGACGAGCCAGAUGGGGAGAAAAGUGAAAAACAAGCUGUAAUGAGCCCAGUCAACCUGCUGUGUGACAACUUAGCCAAUAGAUGAUCAGACAGGGAGGACACGCGACACAGCUGUGUGACAGCUGGUUUGCCCACAGGACUCGCAGGAAGCGUUGACGAGUGCAGAGAGUCAACACGCGAAUAAUAAAAAACAUGCAAAUCUACACAAAGCUAGACUUUAGGUCUGAAGGUAGACACAAUUACCUUUCCUCUAUAUUACAGUGAUAUAAGAGAAAUAUAUAGCUUGCAGACUUUGCACAUUUUAGGCUUCAUAACAACCACCAAGCCAUUUGCAUCACCUUCCCAACUAAUGAUGAAAAAGGCCAUAUUGAGAAACUAUUUUCUGGUACUGUACCAAUAACUGUAUGCUAUGUUGAUUCUGAACCAUAACUUUAUUUUCUGAUGAUCUUAAUGUUGUCCCACAAGGUCCCCUUCCAUGUCAGGUAAUAAUGUCCACCCGAUAAGCUCUCCUUCUGCUUCAGCUUUGUGUUGGGUCCUUCCCGUGUCUAUGACGUUAACAAUGACAUGUGAGGCUGCUUCUUCAAAGUACUGAAUGGCCUUUUCUUAAUGUGCCUCUCCACAACUGAAGCGGUUUGCCUAUACUCAUAUGGUGUCCAAGGUUGAAAGUGAAUCCAUACAACAGUAACAGCAUUUCUGUGUACGUAUUUGAACAUUGUGACCAAUGCAGUAUUUUAUUACACGUGACUUAUUUUUUUCCUUUAAACCAAAUAUAUUUUGUUACAAAUCCUUAUUUAAAAAAACAACAAUGAAAAAACACUUAAAACAUUAUUUGUGCAAAGAGCUGCCAAGCUAAUUUAAAAGUUAAAUGCAUUUCUAUAAAGUAAUAAUGCAAAUAACCUCUUGGUGGGGUUAAGGGGUUAAAGGUCAUCCAUUAUAAAAAUGUCUCCCAACAGUUUUUGUUUUUUGUAGUUUGUAUCAAAAAAAACCUUAAAAUUUACAUUUGCAGUUACAAACUCAGAAACAAACACAAAACGCCAUGAUGAUGAUGAACUGAGCUUUGUUAUUUGUGACCAUUUUUGUAUUUUGCCAUAAUCUCACUUAUGUAAACAUGACCAACCUUGCAGUUAUACUGUACGUAGUUCUUGAAACACAGGAACCUCAGUGCACAUUUCUGAAUAUAACGCUAAUCAGAACCUGUUGCCACUUUCAAAGCAUUAAGAGAACUCAUAACAGUUUAGGUGCUUCUUUUGUGCCUGCCUGUUGUAUUUAGUGUUCUGCUCUUCUUUCUAUUUGUGUAUCCGUGACUGCAACGUAGAGGGAGUUUGCUAGACUGAUUAAGACUACUAAAGAACAAAACGACAAUAAACUCAACAUGCUUACAAAGUGUGCUUGUGCAUCUACGAGCCACAUACUGUAGUUUGUUAAAUCAGCUCAAAAUACAUAAAUUAAGUCUGACAGCUAUUUUUUAUUUAAAUCAUAAUAUUAAUAAAAUAAUCAUAUUUAUAGCCAAACAACACCCUAUAGAUCUCAUAUAGAUUAAAAGCAAAGGCUUUUGGUACAGUGUGUGUGUGUGUGUGUGUGUGUGUGUGUGUGUGUGUGUGUGUGUGUGUGUGUGUGUGUGUGAACAAAAGAAAGAGUACAAUAUGCAUGUUGUGCGUGAGUAUGAGUGUAAAUAUUAUGUAAAUAGCAAAGCUGGUAUUGGUGAAGUUCUGGAUCAAAUGUGUGUAUGAUCACUGAUCAACCCAUGCGUCACCUGCUUUUGCCAAGCGAUAAGUCCAUCUCUGUUGUACAUCUGUGUUUGUCCUUGGCUUUAGGUCCUCAGUCACCUGCUGUGUGUGUGUGUGUGUGUGUGUGUGUGUGUGUGUGUGUGUGUGUGUGUGUGUGUGUGUGUGUGUGUGUGUGUGUGUGUGUGUGUGUGUGUGUGUGUGUGUGUGUG